AGGAAGAGGAGGAGGAGGAAGGGGAGGAAGUAAAAGAAGGGAGAAGAAAAAAAAAAAAAAAAAAGGACAAGGAAGAGCUUGGACUGGAGCCAAGGGGGGGUCUGGAUCUGGCUGCCCGCGACGGAGGGGACCCUGGGCUCCCCAGGACGCCUGCGCCCAGCUGGGAGACCCCCCCCACCUCCACCCAGCGUUGGAGCUGGCGACCCCGGAGCGAGGGUCCGACGCAGGGAGCAGCGUCGCUCUGUGGGGACACCCAGCCCCGUGUCCUCCUCCCCAGCAUCGGGGAGCAGGCAAGGCGUGAGCCGCUGGAUUUUAGCUUCCCAGGACAUCCAAGGGACUCUUCCUCUUCUUCCUCCUCCUCCCGCUCACCCGACCAGGCAGCGCUCACCUUCCUCCGCUCGCCCCAUGGCCACCCCACAUCUCCCCGCGGCCACCGGUUGAGCCCCCUUCCCAGCGUUCCUGACUCCGCGUGCUGCAUCCCGACCCCGCUACCCGUUCCGAAUCAGAGCCCCCCAACCUCGCAGGGAGGCGAGCGUGCGGCCGGGACUUUCUUGGAGGCAGGGGAACGUUAAGAUGUUGAAAGCUCCCCGGCCGAGAGGGGCUGCGUGGACGCCAGGCCACCCGGCUAGAGGGGAGCAGGAUGGACAGAGCCGUCGGGGCCGGGAACCGAGGCCGGUAGGGAAGGAUGGACUCCCGGACCUGCCAGGACAGGCAGCCCAGUGACCACCCCAGCAGCAGCAGCAGCAAUUGUAGCAGCAGCAAGAGUAAUUGCGAAAGGGAAAGGAUCCGGAGUCGGAUGAAAAUGGUGAUCGGGCAACUGGAAGGCAUCUUACAGGAGCUCAAGGAGGUGGCCAAGGAACUCCGGGAGGUGGUGAGCCAGAUCGACCGACUGACGUCCGACUUCGAGUUCGAGCUGGAGCCGGACGACUGGACCACGGCGACGGCCAGCAGCACCUCCAGCAGCGAGAAGGGGGGAGGUGCCUUCGAGCUGGGACCCCUCGAUUUCGCCGCAUCCGACAUCCUCUCCGACAGCUGGGAGUUCUGCUCCUUCCUGGAUGCUUCCACCCCCUCCGACCCGGGCGACGGUCCCGAGCCCCCCCGGCCGCAACCGCAGCCCCCACCGGUUCGCCAGCCCGAUUACCGGCUGAUGAACGGGGGGAUCCCCAUCACCAACGGUCCCCGGGGUGGGGGGACCCCAGAUUCAUCCAGCGAGGAAGCCUUUGGCGCGACGGCCGGCCAGAAGAUCUCGCAUCACCGGCCGGCCGGCACACGGGAACGGGUCCGAUUCAGUGACAAGGUGCUUUACCACGCUCUGUGCUGUGAUGACGACCGGGACGGUGACAGCACGGUGUCCCCAGGGGAUGAUGGCCCCGAGGAACCCGGCCAUAAGGUGCUGGCGGGGCCACCCUCGAAGCAUCCUUCCGCCGGUGGUGGUGGACACCCGGCGCGGCGGCUGACGAGGAACAGCAGCACGCAGACUGUAGCCGAUAAAAGCACCCAGACGGUGCUGCCUUAUAUCCCGGCCAAGCAGAAAAUUAAAAAUAAAAACUGACGCCGGCUC